AUGGAACACAUAUGCGCAAGAUGCGCGAGGCUCAGUCUCAAGUCAGGCUCCAGGAGCACCUCACUUCCCUUGCUCGGCAACACGAGAGGAUUGUCGACUACAAGGAUCCUCUUUGCUGAAGGUGACCAAAAGCCUUCGGCGGCCGGUCCUCGUGCAGGACCUACGUCUGGCAAACCCUCCACCGCGGAGCCAACAUUUACGAUUCGAAGAACCACAGGCCGAUCUGGGCCUCCGGGAGCUGGAGCCGGAGCCGGAGCCGGAGCCGGUGCUCGACGACCUCAGCCGCCUGGACCGAUCCUCCGCCGAACAGGCCCUCCACGUGCGCAGAAUGCGGGCGGACCCAGCAGCAGCAGCAGCAGCAGCAGCCGUGGUAGUGGUGCAGGAGGCAGCUCGCCGGCAGCGCCAGGACAACUCCUCCGCCGAACAGGACCACCUCGCUCCAACCCAUCAGGAUAUGGCGCAAGGAGAGGAGGAUUCCCGCAAGGAGCUGGAGCCGGAGCUGGAGCAGGGGUUGGCAGACCAGGUCCGCGAAACACACAGCAGCCACAUCACCGACAAGGAGCAGCAGCCGGAGGAGCACGAGGAGGCCAACAAGCUAGUCCUCACCACCGCACUGACCGCCGGGUCCGCCGCGCCGAGAAGCGCGUCGUGACGGACGCCGCCGAGGAGGAAGACGACGACGUGGACAUCGAGGCCCAAGUGGAAGAAUACAUCAAAGCGAACAUCGACGCUCCCGUCAACCCGACGGAAGAAAUCGCCCAUGUGCCAGGCCAAGAAAUCUCGAUCGAGACCCUGCGCGCCGACUGGCCCAACACGCCGCUCUCCGGCACGGGCUUGACCGAGUCCGUCCAGCAGCGCAUCGAGUGGCUCGCGCACCGCCUCCCGCACGGCUACCAGACGCCCAUGCAGCUCGCGGAGCGCUAUUACAAGGGCUACCUGACGCGCUUCGAGUCCGAGGAGGAGAAGCAGCAGGUUUUGGCUCUCGCUGCCGAAAUCGCCCGCAAGCACGCCGACGAGGUCACGGAGAAGAAGAACGUCGAGGCCCAGCCGCGGGACAUGUCGUUUGAUGAUGUCGCUUCGAGGUCUAAAGAGCGCGUGGCCCUCGCCGAGGCCUUCGUCAAGGGCAAGUACCCCGACAUCCAGAAGCAGAAAAUGCCCUUUUUGGACCAGGUCGUCAGGAACCUGAACAAUAAUCAGACCUACAAUGCCAUGCAGGCCGAACAGUUCAUGCAGGCUGUGCAGAAGUUGAUUCCUACCCAAGGUGGUCGCUCUCAGAAGGGAGCCUAA